AUGACAGAUCAAGCACCAUCUAUUGCUGCUGCUAUUCGGGUAGUAUUCCCAAGUUCUAGGCAUCGAUUGUGCACAUGGCACCUUGGGGAGAACUCAAAAACAAAUAUUGGAAAAUUUAGAGCUAUGAAGGGGUUCACAGACUUGUUUGAUUUUCUAACGAAGUAUUGUGAAACUGCUGCAGAAUUCGAACAUUAUUGGCCAAGGAUGAUGGAUAAGUGCGACUGUCAUGAUAAUGCUUGGUUGAAUCAUUUGUACUCGAUCAAAGAAAGAUGGUGUCCAGCUUAUUCGAAGGAAUAUUUUUCUGCAGGACUUUUGAGUUCACAGAGGAGUGAAACUACUAACCGUUCGGUUUCUCAUAGGUUGAGGAAAACAGAUGGUAUGUGUGAUUUUUAUAAGACUUUUCUUGAUGUUGUGGCUGAGUGGAGAAGUAGGGAAAACAAACAAGACUUUCGAUUUUUGAGAGAUCAAUUUGCUAAAGCCAUUUCUUGUUGUCAAGAGAGAAAGUCUGAAAAUGAUGAGACAAUUACUUACUUGGUAUGGAGGCCUAACAAGGAUAUAAUUAGGCAUGAGGUUAUUUUGAACAAAUUUACUAGGAGUACGUACAUAGUUAAGAGAUGGACUAAAACCGCUAUGUGUAGUCAUGUGGUUGAUGAAGAAACUAUAGAUGAGAAUGUAGUGGCAUCUUCUGUUCGGAGGGCUCAAAUGACAAGAAAGUUUGUUCAAUUGGUGACAUCUUGUCAAGAUUAUGUUGAAGCAAGGGCUAAAAUUGAAUAUACUUUUGAUAUUCUAAGGGAAAAGGUGGAGAGUGUUAGAGGACCAAUACUUUUUGAUGAUGGAGAAGAGGAGGUUGAAGAGGUUUCUAAAGAAGCUUACAAUAAAUCCAAGGGGUGGAAGAAAAAGGUUGAUAAAUAUAAAGAUGAAGUCAAAGCUACUACUACUGAAAAGUUUUUCCAGGUUUUGGAUGAUGAUGGUGAUCCUAUGAUUUAUUCACACCCAACAGAACCAGGUUCAAAUCUUAAUGUCCUUCCAAAACAGAAGAAUUUUCAACCAUCAACAAAGGGUGUAGAUGGUCCACCAAGAACAGAAAAGUCCAAUAAGUCUAACUAUACUGCUCAAUCUUCAUGUGUACCACCAAAAAAUUCUUCUAAUCCUUCUUCAUCAAAUGAUCUCAAGCUAAAAAAAAGAAAACAUCCUGAAGUUAACUCCAACAGAAGUUUUCAAUAUGAAAAGAGUAAAUGGUAUCAGUAUUUUGAUGCCGGUCGCAAUGCAAGGAAUGAAGGAUCUUCUAAUGCUUCUACCUCUUCUAAUGUGUCUCAUUAUGAUGAAAUGUUAUCAAUGUUUGACAAGACAAGUUAG